UGUACUGUUCAGAUGUCCUGAUAGCGAGCAAAGUGGUUGCUAGAUGUUAUAGAUCUGCUGUCAAGACCCGCCCUUUCAGUAGUCAUUUGUUUCUUGCGAAAUUGAUCCCCAUUUUUAUACAUGGCGCAAACCUUUAGGACAAGUAUUAUUAACAGUUUUGAUAGAGUGUGCUUGUAACCAUAGCCAUCGCUGGCUAAUUUAAAGGAAACAUAUAGCUUCUACACUUAGCUGGCUAACUACUAGCUAGCUUGCUAGCAUUAUUUUCUAUGGACAAAUAGCUGCUAAUGGAUCCGUUGGUUCUUCCUCUUUUGGACCAUUUAACUGAAGGCUGAGUUAAGAAACUGUAAGAUGAGCACCUGAGUCUAAACCAACACAUUCCAAUCAUGGAGCUCUACUGGUACAUAGUUGUUAUAGUUUUCAUUAUCAUCAAGAUCUUCUUCUACAUCUGCUGGUAUCGUACAAGGCAGAGGCAACUGGCAGCCUACCUGAGCAACCCCCGCAAUGCACAGAUUGUGAUUGUGGGAGGCCGGGCUUACCUCCACCAGAUGUGUGAGAGGCAAAAUACAUCGAUCUGGCCCAGCUGGUAUGGCGUGCAGGACGAAGGCUCGGUGGGCGAGCCCUCGGCCUCGCUGCCUCCCGACUCCUCUCUCUCACAGCUGGACAUGCCGCCGCCGUAUGAGGCCGUCUCAGGAGCCAAUGACCUGAAGCCACCUCCGUACAGCGAGUAUGCCCAGUCGCUAGCGCUGGCCGGAGACCCACCCAUCGCCGUCCCAGACAGCACGGACACCAGCAGCUUCUCUGAAGCCCCGCCCCCAUACACACCAGCCAACCGCCAGCCAGACGGCGGCAACCACAGCCAAUUGCAGCCAGAGGAGAGACUGUGCUAGGCAGUGCAUCUUCCUGAAUCCAUAUCAUCUCUUGCACAUAAUGCCAACGAGGGUAAAACUGCACUUCCAGUCGGUUCGGUCUCCUCUCUCACACUCUCUCCCCUCCUUCUGUUGAUCCAUUUUCAGAAAAUGUUUCUUUUUUUCUUUUAAACGCGGUGUUACAAAUAAUUUACUCAAAAAAGAAAACAAUUUAGACGUUGAUCUUUCAGAGUGUGUAGUCCAAGAUUUGCUCUUUGCUUGACCUACGGGACGUUUAGAAGUUUUGACUGCUCAACUCCUUGACUCUGGGGAAUAAAUGUCUUGUCCAGACAGUGACCCUGGUUUUGCCAGCCUUGAGACAGACCUGCUGUUCUCAUUCUCUGAAGUGUAAAUGGUGCUCUGAUCUCAACCAAGCCUGAUGGUUGUCUUUCCACUGAGUAACCAUGAAGUCCAAUCUUCUAAUUCUUCUACAAUUUUACCAGUAUCCACAGUCAUGUAAACCUUCUUCCUAGACACUUGUUUCAUUUACUUAUACCAGCUUUCAUCAGUGUAAAACUCAGAAAUACCAUGUGAUUUGUGCAGUGAUACCUUGUUUUAUUUUUGCUAACACAAUCUUGUUGCAGUUUGUAAGUGUCUAAAAGUUGAUUUUCAGACAAAUGUAUAUGUGUUACAGUUAUAUCUGUCUCUCAGUAAGCUUUCCUGAAAAGCAGUCCUUAGGUGAUCUGUAGGCCUGAAAGUGCUCUGGCUUCUGAAGAACUGCAUCUUUGCUCCCUUGAAUAUUUUCUCAAGACGACAACCAGAGCGGGAAGAUUCACCGGUGACGUCAAUGCAGCGUUCAGUGAUUUAAACAUUAAGCAUUUAGAGCACUCACCCCCUGCCCUCUGUCUUUCUCUCUCUGCCUGACAUGUGUAGAUCCAUUAGAUAAAGUGGAACAGGACUGGGAUAUUCAGGUUUAACUUUUGUCCGUCCACUAUUGUGCUAUUACAACACCACCACAGCACCUACCCCAGUCUAAAGCACAACUGGAUCAGUGCAGAAAGGCCUGUUUGUUUGUGCUUUGGUUAGAAUUCAGGUUAUAGACCCGUGUAAAAAAAAGGGUGGUGGUGAAGAUUAAUGGGGUGUGGUGGGUUGACUUGAACUGAGCAGCUCAUACCAAGGCAAGGCAGUCAUUAAUGAAGGGUUUAAACAGUCAUAUCAAAUCAGUCAGUCAUAACAAUUUUUAACUAAAGUCUUCAUAGGGUAUAGCCUUUUAAUGCCUUUACACAUAUAUGCAGUCAUACACAUUGAGAUGGUGGGGCAUGAGACAGAAGUUUUGUCUGUCUGACUUUGUGUUACAUAUGUCUUGAGGGGAAAAGAAGUUUGUUUUACUUGUAAUAUGUUUUCUUGUCUGUUUGAUUGCAUCUUUGUAGAUACUGUAUGUGGUUGUUUUGUUUUGUUGUUGAGUCGGCAUCAUCAUUAAAAAUCAGAGGUUUCACUUUCAGAUUAUGGUUGACCUGCUUAAACUUAACAAAGUGAGACUAUGCCAUAUAAAUACUCUCUUCACUACUGUAUAACCUUUUUGUAUAUACUAUUUUUAUAUUUGUGAAAUGCCUUUAAAUCCUUUGUCAGUGUGAAAUAUGAUGCUUCUAUCAUUGUGAAAUAUAAUCACCACUCUGGUUACCAACAAGGUUGUGAGAUGGAAAAACUAAUUCAGUCAGACCAUUUUGACAGUGAAAUUUUUUUCUGAUGAACGUGCCAUAAAUAAGUUGGUAUCCACAUAUUACUUUUUCAGCUUUCUUGUUUUUCAAUUGAAUAAUUAUUUGUAUGAAAUGUUUUGUUCAGAGGUAUAUUUUGGAAAAUGCAACAAUUGAGCAGGGACUUAUACAACGUCAACAUUUAAAUGCUGUUUGUGUUGCAGAUAUAUUUCAUUUUGAGAAUAAAUUCACUGUUGGUAUAGCA